UGAAAGUAUAUGUUAUGACCCAUCAGAAGAGUCCACACGUGUUAUGUGUAACCCAGCGGCUGCGGAAUUCCGAGCUGAUAGACCCCACGUUCCAGUGGCAUGGGCCGAAGGGGAAAAUUAUCUCAGAAAACACCUCUACCCACGUGACCACCACAGGGAGCCUGGUAAUCCAGGACUUCGACGAGGGUAUGACUGGGGCUUACACCUGUUUCCUCGAGUAUAAACCUACUGUGGAGGAAAGUGUUAAAAAUGUCCAACUCAAAUUCAUUAUCUAUGCAUACCGUGAGCCUCGCUUCUAUUACCAGUUCACAGCCCGCUAUCACUCGGCUCCUUGCAAUAGUAUCUACAACAUUUCUUUUGAGAAUAAACUUCUACAGAUUUUAAGCAAACUGGUUCAUGACAUUAAGUGUGAAGUCUCCUUACUGAAGUCUGAAUGCCAUCAUGUUAAAAUGCAGAAAGCUGGGUUUCAAAAUGAAUUGUUUUUUAAAUUUUCAGUUUCAUGUUUAGGUUCUGACAAAGGAUCGAAGCUGUGUGACGACCGAACUUGUGAAUAUUCCAAGAAGCUGACGAAGGCUAAAAACCUCAUAGAGAGAUUUUUUGCUCAACAAGUAGAAGUCCUAGGCCGACGUGCCAGCCCCUUGCCUGAAAUAUACUACAUUGAGGACACCCUGCAGAUGGUCUGGAUUAACCGCUGCUACCCAGGGUACGGCAUAAGUGCCAUGAAGCAUCCAAAGUGUCCUGAGUGCUGUGUGGUCUGCAGCCCCGGCUCCUACAACCCCAGCGACGGGACCCAAUGCCUGCACUGCAACACCAGCCUGGUGUUCGCGGCCAAGACCUGUCUGUAG